ACGUGAAGCCACAGCCUGUGCCUCGAACGAGACGGCAAACGCUGGGAUCUUGGGAUGUAGAUAUAAGGGAAGAUGUUCUACGUUGCUUUUGUGCUUCAUAGACGGGCAUCUUCUACCUACCAUUAUUUGCGCUAGAAUAUCGAGAUUGGUUUCCUGAUUUGAUAUCGGGCUGGUUGAUUGAUUGGUUGAUUGGUUCAUUUCUUGGGGAUAAGAGUACCUGGUGUAUUCAUCUCUUUAUCCUCACUCUUUUUUUCUAGGCUGUUGCCUGCUCUCCAGUCCACACAACAACCCAGAUACCCAUACCCAUCAUCACCACUCCCCCUUCUCCUUCGUCACCAACCCACUCUCCCUUCGCAAAAAUGCCAGCGCUCCCCCUUGACGUCCGCGAUACCAUCCAAAUAUCCCCACGCUUCGCAAUGUCAUCGAUGCUCCCAACAAGCGACCCGGUCACAACCGCGGUAAUGGUCUCGAUCAUCACCACAAUCAUGAUGUUUAUCCUGAUCUUCAUCGUGAAGUGGCUGAAGCGGAGAUUUAUGUAA